CUCUCUCUCUCUCUCUCUCUCUCUCUCUCUCUCUGUGUUUCCAGCUUUCCCAACUCUUUUUAUUACUUCACUAAGCUUCACGGCAGGCAGCCACCAAUCCAUUUUCUGUUUGAUUAAUUUGAAGCAGCACAAGGACAAGGUGACAAGGUGAUGAUCAUGACAAACCUUGCAAGGCUGAACCAGGCAAUGGGACUCCAAAGAUCAUCAGCUUCUAGUAAGCAGAAGGUGCAACCCAUCACACAAGUAUUAAAGAACGACGAGAACAGUGGUGAUCUUUCCUUAGCAUCGAUCACCUCAAACCUGCAUGAUAUUUCUAACCCUAAUAAACCUAUCCCCUCAGAUUUAGCUUAUAAUUCAUGGCUGGUCGAGCACCCUUCUGCAUUAGGCUCAUUUGAUUGGAUGAUGAAAGCAGCAAAAGGGAAGAGGAUUGUUGUCUUUCUAGACUACGAUGGGACCCUUUCACCAAUUGUUGAUGAUCCUGAUCUUGCUUUCAUGUCUGAUGAGAUGCGUGCAGCGGUACGGGAAGUUGCCAAGUAUUUUCCAACAGCAGUGAUCAGCGGAAGGAGUAGAGAUAAGGUUAAAGAAUUUGUACAGUUAAGUAAUGUAUAUUACGCUGGCAGCCAUGGGAUGGACAUAAUGGUCCCUCCAAGGCCAUUAAGGCCCUGUGAUGCCAACAACUACACCACUGCCAUGGAUAUAAAGGGCAGUGACGUUCUCUUUCAACCUGCUAAAAGAUUUCUUCCUGCAAUCCAAGAGAUAAGAACACUGUUGGAGGAAAUAACCAGAAAAGUAGAGGGUGCAAGGGUAGAGGACAAUAGAUUCUGUAUCUCUGUACAUUUUCGCAAGGUCCGGGAAGAGGAUUAUGGGAUAUUAGAAGAGAAGGUGAAGUCUGUUGUUGGAAAGUAUCCGGAAUUUCACCUGACGCUGGGUAAAAAGGUGUUGGAAAUACGACCAUCCAUAGAAUGGAACAAAGGUCAUGCGCUAGAAUAUUUGCUUGACACUCUAGGCUUCAGCAAUUCCAGCGAUGUCCUCCCACUGUACAUCGGGGACGAUCGAACUGAUGAAGAUGCUUUCAAGGUGAUACGAAGUAGAGGUCAAGGGUUUCCAAUAAUUGUGUCUUCAACCCAAAAGGAGGACACCAAAGCUUGUUAUUCUUUGCAUGACCCAUCGGAAGUAUUAACUUUCUUGUUAAGGCUCGCCCGGUGGAGAAAAGCCUCUUCUUCAAGCAGGUCACUAGCUCAAAUUUGGGGUGUUGGUAGUAACUUACCUAGAUCAGUUUAGCUAGCUAGCUCUAGCUAGCUUUUGUGCAUAAAUAAUAAUUAAGAAUUAUUAGGGAGAUUAAUGAAGGCCAGUAUUUUGUUAUGGCCUUAAGGCAGUACCCUCUCUCCCUCUCUCUCUAUCUAUAUAUAUAUAUAUAUAUGUAGUUAGAGGUUGGUAGGGAUGAAGAAGGAAGAAAACGAAAGCAUAGAGAGAGUUUCACUGUUAUUUUAUUAGUCUGUGUCAGUGAAACUGGUGCCGCCCAUGCAGUGCAGCGCAUAUGCUUUCCAGCUCUUGUUUCUAGCUAUAGAUAUUAUACAUAAUGUAAAAGGAAGACAGUUCGUGUUUGGUGCCCUGCAAUAUCAAUUAUGGAGCUUGCAUAAAGCCCAUUUGCUA